AUGGGAUUCUGCUUCUCAAAAUUGAAGAGAUCCAGAGACAUCCACAUCUCAUCAACUUCCUCCUCCUCAGACUCUGCCCAUCCCCACUACCAUGACCCGAUUUGGUCCUCCCCGCCUCCACCUCCGCCAGCCCCUGCCCUGCCGCCGGUCGGCCCCAUCCUCGGAAAACCCUACUCCGAUAUCACCUCUCUCUAUGACCUCGACCGUGAGCUGGGGCGUGGCCAGUUUGGGGUCACGUACCUGUGCACCGAAAAAUCGACGGGCCUCAAAUACGCGUGCAAGUCCAUCUCGAGGAGCAAGGUGACGAGCGAGAAGGACAUGCAGGACGUGCGUCGGGAGAUCAUGAUCCUACAGCACCUCACGGGUCAGCCCAACAUAGUCGAGUUCAGGGGGGCCCACGAGGACGGGAAGGGCCUGCAUUUGGUGAUGGAGCUUUGCUCGGGAGGGGAGCUCUUCGACCGGAUAACGGCCAAGGGAAGCUACUCGGAAAAGGAGGCCGCCAGGAUCGGGAGGCAGGUCGUGAAUGUGGUCCACGUCUGCCAUUUCAUGGGGGUUAUGCAUAGGGAUCUCAAGCCCGAGAAUUUCUUGAUGGUCAGUCGAGACGAGGACUCGCCCUUGAAGGCCACCGACUUUGGGCUCUCCGUUUUCAUCGACUCGGGUUAG